GAAAUGAGACGAACUUACCGCCAAAAGUAGGCUUUGUAAACAAACUAAAAAAAAUUUUAAUCUAAUUAUUUUUUAAAAAGAAUUUAUUUAAAAACUCACCAAGUGAUUAAAAAGCCAAGUGAUGGUACGAACUCGUUCUCAACAAACUGUUUCAGAAAAUCCAACACAGAAUCAAGAAAAAAAGACCACCAAAACUAAAAAGACUGUGAAAAAGGUUCAACCUGAAGCAUCAACGACUAUUUUGGAACGUGUAGAUGUUGCAAUUGAAGACGCCAAAUCAAAGCCAACUCCGAAAAAGAAAGUUUUGCGUUCUCAGAACAAAAAUGGAGAAAGUUCUAAAUCAACGGCAAAAUCCGAUUUAGUUGAAAAUGCCGCUUUGAAAAGAAGAGCUCCAAAGAGAACUAACAAAGCUGAAGUGAAAGUUGUUGCAGGUGCAAAAAAGGAAACUGAAAAUGGUGAUCAGAAAAAACCGUCGACGAAAACUUUUGAUACCAUUUCUGAAACAGUUGAAGACAAAGAAAAUCUCGAAGCUAAAAUUGAAAAACCUGCGGAAACUUCACAUCCUUUACCUUUUGAGACAAAAUUAUCUCCUGGAAAAUCAGUAGACUCAAAAGGAAAACGUAAAUCUCCAAUCAAAAAGAAAGACGUUCAAUUAAGUAAAACAAAAGCAGUAGAAAGUCCAGCUAAAAAUAAAAAGCCGGUUAAAGCUCAGAAAAAAACUGUGAAAAAAGAUGAUAAAACUAAAACUAUUGAAACUGAAAAAACGCACCAAGAACCAAGUGAACAAUCAGAAGAUGUCAAUGAUGAAGAAGAAACUAACAAAGAUAAUCAUGAAACAAAUGAAAAACCUAAAAUUGCGACAAGAAAACGUGGGCGAGUUAAGACAGAGAAGAGUCCUGAAAAACCAGUCGAACCCAAGAAGAAUAACAAAACACGUGCGCUUAGUAAACUUAAAUUGAUGAUUGAUUUUAAAUUUCCAAAACGAACAUCGCGUAGAACUAAAGCAGCAAAGAGAAAGUCUGAAGUUCUUCCUUCAACAUCUUCAGGUUCAAAAAUUGUUGAAAGCAAUGAACUCUUGUCAGAAAAUUCAAAGAAAUCAUCUCAACCAUCAUCAUCGAAAGUUGGAACAUCAUCAAAUGCAAGUGAAACUAUUGAAAAACCUGAUAAUGAGAAUGUCGAUCCUUACAACUUUAAUUCAUCUCAAACUGAGAACAAAAGUGUCAAAAAACCAGUCAAGUCAAAGAAACGCGUGUCGCCAAAGCCUGGAGGAAAUAUGGAACUGCUGAUGCAGAAACAAGCUUUGGAUAUUCUUUCUACUUGUGGUGUUCAGUAUGAUUCGUUAAGAGCUAAGAUUGAGCAACAAAUUAAAAUGCCAUCAGCACCAGAAGUUUCUUCAACUUCAUCAGCAGAUUCGAAGAUGAAACCACAAAAGACGUUUCAGGAAAGAAAUCUUCAGCUUGAAAAUCCUUUUCAUUCUAAAGUUUGGAAUUCACCAAGAGCAUCGAUUUCUCCUCCGUUCUCAGAAGAAUCUUUUGGUCCUAAAUUUGUUUCCGGCUCGCCACCAAUUCAAUCAUCGUUUGCAAUUGCAAUGGCAGAAAAAGCAAAGAGAACUUCUUCGGGAUUAAUUUUAAAAAUACCAGCAAGAGCAAGUUAUGUGCUUGAAUCUGAAGAGAAAAAUGAAGAUAGUCAAGUUUUGGGAGAUUCAAAUGCUGAAAAUAUUAUUCCAGACGGGAUGAAAUCGCCCAAGAAGAAGGAAAUUAAUAAAAAUCGAAGUCCGCUUAAAGCUCUUGCGAUUUCUAAAUUGGAUGUCACUGAAGUUACUGAAAGCAUCACAGAGAUUGAUGAAUUGACACUUAAAGACAAAGAAGAGAAGGAAGAAUUUAAUCAACCAACAACUUCAAAGAAAUCUAAGGUCUUGUCAUCAUCAACACCUAUUGGAUUAAAAAAAACCAACACGAGAACUUCUUUUGGUCAUCUUUCUGGGAUUGAAGAAAAUGCAGAAGAAGAAGAAGUUAAGGUUGCUAAAUUAAAAAAAGUUCAGGUGGAACAAAAGUCGGUCCCCAGUCGUCGUCUGCGACGAGCUGCCAAGCGGCUUAAUCGCAUAGAAGAAAAUUAAAUUGACUUCGAUCAUGAUCCAUCACAUCAUUAAUUAAAACUUUCUAUUCAUUCCAACAAAAUUAAUUAAACAACAUUCCAGAUAUUAUGUUUGCAAUAAAAUAUUUCUUUAUACUC